AUAAUACCCAAGAAAAAAAUCUCGUGCGUUUUAUCUUUUCUUGAUUUGGCAAUUCUCUCAUGAGUUGAUUUGAAUUUGUUUAUGGUUGCCGACACGAGAGGUUUGUUCUUUGAAUUGAGUUGUUUGUUUACGAACUUUCUUCUUCUUCUUUCUUGUUGGGUAGAUGAACAACUCAAAGACGGAGCUAACAAAGUUUUGUAUUGACUUAGAUAACAUUUUUCUUUAUUUUAUUACAUAUCUUUCUCUGCAUUUUCGUCAGGCUAUAACAUUACUAUUUAAAGGUCUUUUCGGUAUCUAUUGAAUUCUUGUCUGUUCUUUUUAUUUCUUUUUUGUUAUAUAUAUAUUGCAGAAGAACGUGCAACACAAGAUAUCUCAGUUUCUGUCUGUUUCUUGCUGUGGAAAUAAAGAAAAUGGUGGGAAGCAUUGAGGCCAAGCCCCUGCUAACAAACGGAUCUGUUCAACAAAACGGUCUUAACUUGGUGGAGAAACUUGAUGACUUCCGUCGUCUUCUUGGGAAAUCAGACAAAGAUCCAUUGAAGAUCGUAAGCAUCGGAGCUGGUGCUUGGGGAAGUGUUUUUGCAGCGCUCCUCCAAGAAAGCUACGGAAGUUUCAGGGACAAGUUUCAGAUACGGAUAUGGAGAAGACCUGGUAAAGCUGUAAGCAGAUCAACAGCAGAACACUUGUUCGAAGUCAUCAACUCUCGAGAAGAUAUCUUGAGGAGACUGAUAAGGCGCUGCGCUUAUCUGAAAUACGUAGAGGCAAGACUCGGUGAUAGGACGCUCUACGCGGAUGAGAUAUUGAAAGACGGGUUUUGUCUUAACAUGGUGGACACGCCGCUUAGCCCUCUCAAGGUUGUGACUAAUCUACAAGAAGCUGUGUGGGAUGCUGAUAUUGUUGUUAAUGGUUUGCCUUCAACGGAGACAAGACAAGUGUUUGAAGAGAUUAGCAAGUACUGGAAAGAGAGGAUCACGGUUCCUAUUAUUAUCUCUCUGUCAAAGGGUAUUGAAACUGCUCUUGCACCAGUUCCACAUAUCAUUACUCCAACAAAGAUGAUCCAUCAAGCUACUGGUGUGCCGAUUGAAAAUGUAUUGUAUCUUGGUGGACCAAACAUAGCUGCUGAGAUAUACAACAAGGAAUAUGCUAAUGCUAGAAUCUGUGGAGCCGAGAAAUGGAGGAAACCACUAGCAAAGUUCAUAAGACAAUCUCAUUUCAUUGUUUGGGACAAUAGUGAUCUUGUUACACAUGAAGUAAUGGGAGGUCUCAAGAAUGUGUACGCCAUUGGAGCUGGAAUGGUGGCAGCGCUUACUAACGAGAGUGCUACAAGCAAAUCAGUGUAUUUUGCUCAUUGCACAUCUGAGAUGAUAUUCAUAACUCAUUUACUAGCAGAAGAGCCUGAGAAACUUGCAGGGCCUUUGCUAGCUGAUACUUAUGUGACCUUGUUGAAAGGGCGUAACGCGUGGUAUGGUCAGAUGCUGGCUAAAGGAGAAAUAAAUAGAGACAUGGGUGAUAGUAUAAGUGGAAAGGGAAUGAUUCAGGGUGUUUCUGCAGUGGGAGCGUUUUAUCAAUUGCUUAGUCAGUCUAGCCUGAGCAUAUUGCAUCCUGAAGAGAAGAAACCUGUGGCUCCGGUUGAGUCAUGUCCUAUUUUGAAGACACUCUACAAGAUACUCAUCACAAGAGAACAAUCAACACAAGCGAUUCUGCAAGCGUUAAGGGAUGAAACAUUGAAUGAUCCUAGAGACCGGAUUGAGAUUGCACAGAGUCAUGCAUUCUACAGGCCUUCCCUUCUAGAUCAGCCUUGAUUCUUGUGUCAUGGCUUCAUAUAAACCAAACUUGUUGGAUCUGAUUAUGAAGAGACAUAUGACAUAAGUUACGUGUGCAGACUAUUCUGUUGCCUGAUCAUGUCUUAAAAUGGAUUUUUGUUCGCUGUUUAAUACUUGUACUGAACCAUUUCCCUCUAUGUUCAAUGAGGCUUUAAUUUAUUACUAAGAAAGUGUCAACUUCAUAAGCA